UGGAGGAGGGAGAAGAAGAAGAGGAGGAGACAGUGGAUGGUGAAGAUUUGGAUGAAAUCCACACAGAGUCAUCAGGAGAGGAGCAGGAGGAAGAGGUGGAGGAAGAAGGGGCUGAGAAAGCAUCACAGCCACCUCAGCAGGACCCCAAACCGCAGAGCGCAGUGCGGGAGCCCCCAGUUGAACAUGCGUCGGCACCGCUGCCCAUCACCCCAGCUAGUCAGGAUGAGGUUGUGACACCGAGUGGUUCUCAACAGACCCCAGAGUCUGACACUCAAGUGCCGGCCACAACAGAAACCAUCGACCCCUUGUUUUACCCUAGCUGGUAUAAGGCUCAGUCGCGGCAAUCAAGCAGUCCAAGCUCAACCCCAGUGAGUGGGUUGGGCAAAAUAGGGCCUCCUGUUUCUCUGGAAACAAGUGCAAAGAAGGCAGAAGUCCCUUCAGCGGCAGCGAUUGAGGAGAGUGCACCAGUGAGUGGUAAGGAAAGUAAUGCCACUGCAGCGACGUCCAAGAUUGGUUCUGAACCGUCCCCUCAAGGACAAGUGGAGGAAACUCCUGUGAGCAAUGAGAGGGGUGACGAGCCGGCUCGUCAUGUCUUCUCCUUCUCCUGGUUGAACUCCCUCAAUGAAUGA